AAAAGACCUACAAAGUUUCUAAAGAACUAUAAAACAAGCAUGUUGUUCUUGGACUAUCUUGAAGGUUAGUGUACAUCCAGAUCAGCAGUUACUAAAUUUCGGUCAGCACCUAUAUAUGUAGACUUUAUGAGGCAGUGGAAUGUUGGUGUUUAUUUCUCACUGAGUUUUCAGGAAAUUGCGGGCACUUUGGAUUCUGUCCUUACAGUUGGUAGUAUUACGUUUGUUGAUGAUUUAAAUGACAAUGGAGGGAAAGACCAUAAGCUCCUGAUGAGGCAAAGCGUUGUCUUGAUGGAAAGCUUGAGAUCCUGCUGGAAUGAAAAUGUGAUUGUUUUUUCUUCUACUGAUAAGUUCCUUAGAUUGUCUUUGCAACUUAUUUCGAGGCUCUCAAGUUGGUUGUCUUCUGGUCUGGAAGCUCGGAAAGCACACCAUUUGAGCUCAAAUUCUACAACAAACUCGGCACAUGGCAAGCUGAGCCUGGCGUUGUUGGUCAGGCUGUCAUCACCGCUGUCAAGGCAUGCUACAGGCAUAUUGAUUGUGCACAGACUUAUGGAAAUGAGAAUGAGAUUGGUUUGGCUUUAAAAAAGCUGUUUGAUGAUGGAGUGGUGAAACGUGAAGUACUAUUUAUAACCUCCAAACUUCGUUUGCAGGUGUGGUGAUCAUGAUCCAGAAGAUGUACCAGAGGCACCGGAAGCAACC